AUGGCCAUUCCAUCAUCAUUCCAUGGCCAUUCCAUCAUCAUUCCACAUGGAUUCCAUGUUGUCCAUGGAAGAAGAAAAUGGCUGGGUCCUCAGCCAACAUUGAUUCCAUACGGAAUAACCUGGGGAAGCGCCCCUACAGGAAAACCCCUCUGCCCAAUAAGUGGAUGUGGGCAGUCACGUAUUGCGCCUGAUUGCGGGCGUUGUUUUCGUCGCAAGCAUUGCAUCACCAAGGGUGGCUGUGGUUCCAAGACCCAUACCGGUGCCCUUUCUUCAUCUGCGCCUACAUGCCCAGACCUGAUUCCUGUUCAAAAUUUAAUGGACCAUCCCCCUCAACUGAGUGGCUAUCGCCCUGCCUCUCCCUUGCUCACUGAACCUUUUUCAUCAACGGUUGGUGCUGGUGAUGUGCCGCUCUUUCCAGCGGUACCUUCAGCUUCCCCUUCAAUUGACCCUGAGACCCUCGAUGCAUGGCCAAAUCCACGCUUCAACUCCCACAUGCCACCAAUCUUCACAGCACAAUGGAAACGAGAACAGGAGAUGGAAGUGGAGAGGAAGAGAAUGGAAUCAGAGAGGAAGAUCCAUGCAGUGCAGGUCAAGCACUCCGUCACUGUUUACGCAUGGGCUGAGGACUCGAAACCCCCUGCUAUCCAGGAUUUCCAAGAAGGCCUGUUCACCUGGCCAUAUUUUCCUCUUUCCCCAUCAGUUCUAUCAGCAUUGUCUCUGGCCGGACCAGAUAUACAUGUCCAGCUUUAUCGCAAAGCCCUCGGCACCUGGGUCACCAUCAGCCCUGGCCACAUCAUCAAGCUACAAGAACACACCAGGGUUUUUUUGAAAGCAAGCCAUGUUAUCGACUAUGCAGAUUUCGACAAGCUUUUGAACCCUGAGUCAACUUCUGCCCCACAUCUCCGCUACAAUCUUAAAGGAGAGCGAGAUGAGCUUCGUGAACGCUAUAAGAAGGCAUCACAAAAGGGAAAAGCACCAAGAACUGAGGAGGUUGUAUCAUUGGAGGAUGAGGAUUCAAAUGACAAGAUCAACAAGCCUGUCGCUCCUUCAAGGCAUUAUUUCCACAAGCAGAACCUUGCUGCAUCAGCUUUCCAAUCUGCCUCUCCUUCUACCACAGCUAGGUCACCUGCCUCCGACAUUGUCGAGAUUUCGGACAACGUGUCAUCAGCAACUCAGCAGCUUUCAAGGAAGAGGAAGCUCUCACGGCAAUGCUCGCCUUCAGCCCCAAAGUGUGCAAAGAGUCACAGUGCUUCAGUCAUUGAACUGAGUGAUGACUUGGAUUCCCCUUUGCCACUGGCCAUCAAAGUUGAGCAAUCCAGUGGUGACGCUGAAGCUCCUCUUCAAUGGCCCACUGACUUUCACGCUGUCGACAUUGUUGACUUCUUUGAGACCUGUCGCAAGAACACCGAUAUCCAACUCAAGAUUCUCUUCCAUCGACACUUUCCCAACAACCCCUACCACCGCUCAACUGUCAAUGAGAACUGUAAUCGUUGGCUCAAGGCCCCCCAGUCUCUUUGCGACACAUUUUUGAAGACGAUAGCAGCCUCAUCCAAUGUUUGUAUACUACCAAGAAAUCAAUGUUCAUCUACAAGCGAUACAAAAUUUCCUGCUACUCUAAAGGGUUGGCCAGUUCUGGGGCUUGUCAUUAGACAGUUGCAACUUCCUCCCAACAUUUGCGAAGUCAGGAUCAUUUUUGAUGAGCUUGGCAAGUUGACAAUUAUUGUCGAAGAAAAUGUGAUCAGGCAUUGUUCCUUGUACACGACUUACAACAACACUGGAUAUGGCUUCAGCUCCGAAGAAAGUUUCCCACGCCAUUAUCAUACCACACGGGGUGACGAUAAUUUGCUCAUUGCGCUCUUGCAGUUGGAAUCGGGAUUGUCCUCACUUGAUGUGGACCUUCUCGACAGCUUGAUGGUCUUUGUUGGUGCAGGUCCUUGUGUCCAGGACCACAGGGUCAGAACAUCCAAUAAUAGCACAGACCCCAGCUGCAUCUUGAUGGUCUUCACAAUAUCAAUCAUGAUUGCUCAAAAGAGGAGUGUGGCAGUUGUGGCAGGCACAGCACAGAUGGCCAACUGUAACGCCGUCAAUAACUACAACAGAGACUUUGCAUAG